AUUUGCUCUUUCUUUUUGAUGCCUGUUUGUAUCUCCCCUGAUUCGCGAAUAAACCUUUCUCAAGUUAAAAGGAGGUUUCUUCUGUGAUUCAAUAUUUGUUACUUCAUUCCAAAAGGAUUCUACUUCAUACAGCACAAUGUCCAACCUUUCCAACCUGAAGGGUUUCGUUAGCCUUGCCAUGGACUGCACCCGCUUCCGGCUGGUGCGGGACGAGGCGGACACGGAAAAUGAAGACCUAACGUUCAAGCCGGAGAUGGCUCAUCAGAUAUUCGGCGAAUCGGAGAGCAUCUUCGGCUACCGCGACUUGCGUAUUGACGUAAUGGCUUCGGCCGGUCCGCUCGAUCUGUUCUUCGACAUCAGCUACUCAAAGAAGGUGGACGAACUGCACAACGAAGGCCUGAAGGCUGACGACGUGGAAAAGUCCCUGGCAAGCAUCGUCGAGGACGGUUGCUACUACACCAGCCUGGACGAGUUUAAGCGGGUGCUCGCCUCGAAAGGUGACAGUUUUAAGCCGCUCGGCACCAAGGUGGACGAGUUUCAGUAUCCGAUCGGCGCGUCCGGAACGUCUGCCGGGGGUUCCAGCCGAAGCGGACAACCACGUACCUUCGAAGUGUACGUGUCCAGCGCCACCGACACCGAGUACAUGAAGUUUCACAGCCGGCUGGAAACUUUCUCGUUCUGGUUUAUCGAUGGAUUCAGCCGGGUCGAGCUCGAUCCGUUCUGGCAGUUUUUUACCGUCUACGAGCGCUACGAGACGGACAACAACAACGGAUCUGCGGCCGAACCGCGGUAUGCCACCGUCGGUUACCUGGCCGCAUACAAGUAUUACUCGUACCCGAACAAAGUUCGUCCGCGCAUCAGUCAAAUUUUAGUGCUGCCACCGUUUCAAAAACUUGGCAUUGCUACACGCUUGAUCGAGCACACCACCUACGAAUAUUUCUCGAAGCUAGAAAACGUGGCCGACAUUACGUACGAGGAGCCAAUCGAAGCGAUCCAGCACAUCCGCUCAGUGAUCGAUGCGAGGCGCUGUAAAGCAUUGCCCGCGUUCACGAAGGAUAAACUGCUGACUGGGCUGUCCAAGGAGAUGCUACAGCAGGCCCGCGAGCAUCACCUCAUCAAUGCAAAGCAGUGCCGCGUCGUGUACGAAAUACUGCGGCUCGGUGCGACGGAUCUCGAUGACGAGGAGCAGUACCGGGCCUACCGGAUCGAGGUGAAGAAGCGCCUGAACAUGAACUACAGCAAACACCGGCGCGACCUGGCUCGGGCCAAGAAGCGAGGUGUCGACGUAACGGCUGCUCUCUGCGGGCUUCCCAGUGUAGCCGAACGGAUCGAAUCGCUCAACGCCGAGUACAAAGAGGUUGAAGAAAUCUACGGCCUGGUGUUGCAAAAGUUGCUCGCUUCGGCGUAGGAAAGUGGUAAAUAGUGAGUAGAAUGCAUGAAACCAGUCCUAAAUUUUACUGUCACCAUUCUUUAACUUAAUUCAUACUGAUUUAGUUGUACGCACAUCUCUAUUGUGUUUAUUGUAAUUUUUUUGUCUCACAUCAAGUCUUACGUCUGUUACAGUUUUUUUUUCUUUUAAACAUUUGUACUCUUUUUCAAUUACUGUCAAUAAACGGAAACAUUUUUGUAAUGCA